AUGUCGCUUCGCUUCACUUCCGCGUCCAGAAGGGUCGGCACUUGUGGCGGGGCGGGUUCUGUCAGGAUGUCCACCGGUGGCCCCGGCUUUGGGGCCGGGAAUGGCUGUGGGGUCCCUGGCAUCGGGAGCGGCUUCUCUUGCUCUUUCGGCCCAUCCGGAGGGAAUCUGGGAAGCGCUUCCUGCUCGGCCUUCAUCGGGAGCGAGGGCGGGCUCCUGUCCGGCAACGAGAAGGUGACCAUGCAGAACCUGAACGACCGCCUGGCCUCCUACCUGGACAACGUGCGGGCCCUGGAGGAGGCCAACGCCGACCUGGAGCAGAAGAUCAAGGGCUGGUAUGAGAAAUUUGGUCCCGGCUCUUGCCGGGGACUCGACCAUGACUACAGUAGGUAUUUCCCUAUCAUCGAAGACCUGAGGAAUCAGAUCAUUUCAGCAGCCACAAACAAUGCCAGUGUGGUGUUGCAAAAUGACAAUGCCAGAUUGACAGCUGAGGACUUCAGACUGAAGUUUGAAAACGAGCUGGCACUGCACCAGAGCGUGGAGGCGGACAUCAACGGCCUGCGGCGAGUCCUGGACGAGCUGACCCUGUGCAAGACGGACCUGGAGAUUCAGUUCGAGACCCUGAGCGAGGAGCUAACCUACCUCAAGAAGAACCACGAGGAAGAAAUGAAAGUCCUCCAGUGUGCGGCAGGUGGGAACGUGAAUGUGGAAAUGAACGCGGCCCCGGGGGUCGACCUGACCGUCCUGCUGAACAACAUGAGGGCCGAGUACGAAGACUUGGCCGAGCAGAACCGCCGGGACGCCGAGGCCUGGUUCAAUGAGAAGAGUGCAACGCUGCAGCAGCAGAUUUCGGAUGAUGCCGGGGCCACCACCUCGGCCAGGAACGAGCUCACAGAGAUGAAACGCAUCCUCCAGACCCUGGAGAUUGAGCUCCAGUCCCUUCUGGCCACGAAACAUUCGCUGGAAUGCUCCUUGACAGAAACGGAGGGCAAUUACUGCGUCCAGCUCUCCGAAAUCCAGGCUCAGGUCGGGGCCCUGGAGGAGCAGCUGCAACAGAUCAGAACGGAAACCGAGGGCCAGAAACUGGAGUACGAGCAGCUGCUGCACAUCAAGGUCUACCUCGAGAAAGAGAUCGAGACCUACUGUCGCCUGAUUGAUGGAGAGGAUGGGGCGUGUUUCAAAUCCAAAGGUUACGGAUCUAUAGUGCCUGCAAAUCAGCCCAAAGAUUCCUCCAAAACCACCAUGGUAAGAACUGCUGUUGAAGAGAUUGUUCCCCGUGGUAAAGUUCUGUCUACCAGAGUGCACUCAGCCGAGGAAAAGUCAACCAAAAUAAACAUCAAGAACGAGCCGAGAAUGCCUUCUUAAGGAUCCAACCCGAAAGAA